AUGUUCAGUCGACAUACGACAAUUUUAGGGGUUACUACCAGAGCUCAAUUUGGAGAAUUGGACGAACUUUGUAACAUUGUAAAAAGACUCUAUAUCAUUGUCCAUGCUAGAAUUGUUAAAGUUUGGCUGCAGAAUGAUAAGCUAUUUCAGCUGUCUCCAUACUGGAAAGAACAUGAACAUGGAAAAAAAGUUUUUUCUGAGUUUCUGGAUCAGGUAAUAGAUAAUAAAUCGAUUAACGCUAGAGCAUAUGUACCAAUCAUUGAUCAGCUAAGAGAGAUUAGUGACGAAAAAACAGGAUUUUGUAGUUAUGCUGACUUACGAGAUCAUCUUACAACUUUAUUUACGGCAUCUGAAGAUACGGUAUCGUCGAUUGCUUCUUUUACUUUACUUCUUCUUGGAAUGUAUCCCGAAAUCCAAGAAAAAGUAGUGCGAGAAAUAUAUGAGAUAAUGGGUGAUGGAGAACAUGAUAUUCAAGAAUCUCAUUUAAAUAAGUUCGUUUAUUUGGACAUGGUAAUUAAAGACGUAAUGCGUCUAUUUCCUAUUGCUAGUUUCAUUGUUCGGAAAUCAGAACGAGAAUUUAAUUUAGAAGGAUAUUUGAUCCCAGAAAAAUGCAGCGUGAUAAUAUCAAUUUACAAUAUCCAUCGAGAUAAAAGGUAUUGGGAAAAACCGGAUGAAUUUUAUCCAGAACAUUUUCUGCCUGAAGCUACGAGAACGAGGCACCCAUAUGCAUAUAUGCCUUUCAGUGCAGGACCAAGAAGUUGUAUUGGCAAACCUUUUGCAGUUAUGGCGUUGAAAAUAAUGAUAGUAACCAUUCUUCAGAAUUUUGAAAUAAAAUCUGUAGGUAGAUUGGGCGAUAUAAAACUGAAAACUGACAUUAGUGUUCGUCCCAAAGAUGAAUGUUUUCCUGUUCAAAUCAGGAAGAGAGAGUUUAUUGCUUAGGACAUUUUAUUUAAAUAAAUAAUUUUAUUUUAGUAAUGAUUAAAAUAUAAUAAAUUUAUAUUGUUUAUUGGA